ACAGAAAGGCACGAUUAUGUUCUAACGUUUACGUGAUGGAGUGAGGGAAUGGAACAACACGUUUAAAAAACAAGUGGGUGGUUGUUCUUUUCCUUCAUUAAAAAGGAUGGUGAAGGUAUCGGCUGUCUCCCCUUAAGAUGAGUAUUUAAAAGAACUUGCUGCUACUUGAGAAAACAUUCAGCAAAUGCAAAGACUUAGGGACAUAUUUCUUUUUUUAAAAGAUUACGUGGUCACUGAGUUUCUGAGUCCUUUCCAGGAAGGGAAGCUCCCUGUGGCUGAAAACUGAGAAAACGAAAUUUAACUCGGGUCUUCAGCGCGAAGGAGCCAUGGCUGCUGCUGGGGGUCACAUCCAGCGUCUCCGUGAUGAAGCUACAUGCUCCAUCUGCCUGGAUUACUUCAAGGAUCCAGUGACCAGCCCAGAGUGUGGGCACAGCUUCUGCCGAUCCUGCCUGAUCCAGUGCUGGGGGGAAUCGGAGGCAGAGGGUUCCUGCCCUCAGUGCAGAGAAAGAGUCCAGAGAAGAAGCCUAAUCUCCAAUCGGCAACUGGCAAACUUUGUAGAAAUAGCCCAGAAUCUCAGUCUUCAAGAGAGAGAGGAAGAAGGAGGAAAAGGAGGAGUCUGCGAGGAGCACCAGGAGCCCCUGAAACUCUUUUGCAAGGAGGAUGAAGCCCCCAUCUGUGUGAUUUGUGACAAAUCAAAGGAACAUGAAAAUCACAAGGUGAUUUCUCUGGAGGAGGCUUUCGAGGAAUACAAGGGAGAGAUCUGUCGCCGCCUGGAGAUUCUGAAGAAAGAGAGAGAGGAAAUUCUGGCCUACCAAGCAGAUCUGGACACGGAAAGCAACAACCUCCUUAAAUUAACAGAAAUGGAGAGGCUGAAGACAGUGGAGAAGUUCAGACAACUGCACCAGUUCCUGGAAGAACAAGAACAACAUCUGCUGAAUCAUAUGGAAGAGGUGGAGAAGGAGAUUGCAAGGAAAAGGGAUGAGCAGCUGGCCAGACUCUCCAGGAAACUCUCCUCUCUUGGGAGGAUUAUCCAGGAGAUGGAGAAGUGUCAGCAGCCAGCGAUUGAACUCUUGCAGGAUAUGAGAAGCACCUUGCAGAGGUAUGAGAAAAGAGAGAGUCCAGAGAAGCCACUGCCUUUCCCUCCAGAACUGAGGAACGGGAUCUUGGAAUCCUGUGAUCUAAAUCAGCUGGUGGAGGAUGCAAUGAAACAAUGGAAAGAUGCUUUGUUAUUCAGGAAACACAUUCAGAAAGAUGUUCAGUCAUUCAGAAAUCCCCAGAGAGCAAAUGUAACUCUGGAUCCAGACACUGCCCACCCCAGGCUCAUUCUGUCCAAGGAUCGGAAAGGCCUGAGAUUGGGAUACAAAAAGCAAGACCUGCCCGAUAAUCCUGAGAGAUUCAGCCACGAGAUUUGUGUGUUGGGACGUGAGGGAUUUGCAGCAGGCAGACAUUUCUGGAAAGUCCAUGUGGGAAGUGGGGAAAGAUGGGCUGUGGGGGUUGCCAGGAAGUCUGUGGAGAGAAAGGGCCGCUUCCCCUUUAGGCCUGAGACAGGGAUCUGGGCUGUGGGGAAGAAAGGAGACGAGUACUUGGCCUUCACCUCCCCUCCUUCCUCUCCUCUGUCCCUGAGUGAGGCGCCCAGGAGGAUCCGGGUGACUCUGGACUAUGGAGGGGGACGUGUGUCUUUUUAUGAUGCUGAUUCAGGAGCCGGACUCUACACGUUCUCAGGAGCCUCGUUCUCUGGAGAGACCCUCCUCCCUUUCUUUUGUCUGUGGGGAAGUGAAAACCACCUCAGUAUCUCCUGAGGAGACUAAAUCUGCCUCUCAGGCCCAGUUGGCAGUUUCUCUUCAGGCAAGAGUGACUGACAUAAAAAACAUUGACCCGCCAAGAGAACCUUGGGCAGUUUUUCAAGAGAACCUUUGAAAGGAUUCAUUUUCCUUCCUUUUCCCAUAAUUCCUUUUGUCUCUUUAAGAAGAAGUAAGCUGCAGUCAUACUAUUAACA